AUGUCUCCUCAAAAACGAUCCCGUAACCCCAACCCCAAGAAGUUCCCAUGCUCUGGGUACGGUGAUUGUACCAUGGUAUUUACUCGUGCAGAACACCUCGUUAGACAUGUCAGAAAACACACAAAUGAGAAACCAUUCGAGUGUGUGGUAGAGACAUGCGACAAGACAUUCAGCCGAUUUGACAAUAUGCUUCAACACGCUCAGACCCACAGACGGGAAAUGAGAGAAGAAGAGGAAAAUCAGUCGAUUGGCGGUGCUGGUGGUGUUCGAGGCGCACGCUCCACCCGCGCCCAGAGUAGACGAAAACGAAGCCUCCAGACCAGUCCAGAGCCGUGUGAGCCGCCCAAGACAUCUGUCCAGAACAGGACCCAAUCCGAUGCGUGUAUUGAUCACGAGCAUCUUACCACCGGCCUACCCUCACCAAUGUCCCAGACUUCUCGACAAGAACCUUCACCCACAGGUCGUCGUCUAUCUCUUAUCGACAUCUGCAACCCAGUCAAUGUCGAUGUCUAUUCUCCACAUACACCAUCAGCCACAACAAUGGACGGUCAUUAUCUAUUUCCAGAUGUCAAUGCAUUUGAGUGGUGA